AUGGACACAUCGGAUGUAACGUUCAAUAACGAACAUGACUCUGGGGAGAGCGGCGACUCUGGGGAGAGUGACGACUCUGUGGGGAGCGACGACUCUAGGGAGAGUGACGACUCUGGGGAGAGCGACGAGAUGGACGAGUCAGAUAUGCUGUAUCACGAGCAGCCAUUGAAGUGCGAUACGCUGUGGAACCCCGCUUCGCGGCGAGACUUGACGAUUCACAUGGAGCUGGAAGUUGAAAGCGACAUUAAAGGAAGCCUCCAAAAAGCAGCAUAUCUCAGACGCCUCGGCCACUUCCAGCAAGCAGACUGCUACUUUCGGGAAAAUCUCGCAGAUUUUUUUGACACCCCACUGGUGGUGCUAGAAUAUGCCGACUUGCUGCUCGCACAGGGCGACUACAGGCGUGUUCUCGAGACGUUUGCCGUGGAUGAGUUUGUGCCGGACAGUGAAGCGUCCAUCAUGUCUGCCCUGAGCCUGCAGCUAUCCCGGUGCAAUAGAACCCUGCGGAUGUUUUCUGGCAUCUACAAGACUCUCCUACGGGAGAGUCGCUACUGGGAACUUCGAGAUAUCUUUCAUGCACUCCUCGAAGUAUCGGAGAUAGAGCAGACAUGCCGCGCCCUGAUGGACACCAAGACGGCCAUGGCCGGCGUGUCCAAGCUUGUGGCUGACUGGCAGGCUACGGCGCCCGACCAGGCUGCACAGCUCUGUCUCUUGCAGGUGCUUGUCAGUUUUAGUCGCCCUUGUGUGCAAAAGCACGCAAACGACAGCAGCCUCGCGAGCCUGACAGGAUUCAUCUUUGACCAGGCCAGGGAGAUUGCAAGCGCGACCAGGGACAGAAGAACAGAGAACACAAAUUGCCGGGCCUAUCUCGACUGGAUUCUGACCGAGGAAGAAUAUGCGUGA